AUGACUGAUGGUCACAGGGCGGGACGGACAGGAAGUGGACCCGAACCGGGUCAGAACAUUGACACAGCUGGAUGCAGUCAGUCAUCUUUCUGUUUGUUCAUCCAUCCAACUAUCCAUCCAUCCAUUGUGUCCCACCUCUCCCUUCGUCUCUGUGGACAGGAUGGGGACGUGGCGGAGGACAAGUCCAGCUUCUACUCCAACGCGGAGGACUACUGGAAGGAAGUCCCGCCCACCGUUGACGGGAUGCUCGGCGGCUACGGCAGCAUCUCCAGCAUCGACAUCAGCGGCUCCAAGGCCUUCCUCAGGAAGUUUCUCGGGGAUGGCGAAGGGAAGACGGGAACGGGCCGCGCCCUGGACUGCGGCGCGGGGAUCGGCCGCAUCAGCAAGCGGCUGCUGCUGCCGCUGUUCCGGACCGUGGACCUGGUGGACGUGACCCAGGAGUUCCUGGACAAAGCCCGGACGUUCCUGGGCGACGACGCCAAGCGGGUCGGGAACUACUAUUGCUGCGGCCUGCAGGAGUUCGUCCCAGAACCGGACCGCUACGACGUCAUCUGGAUCCAGUGGGUCAUCGGUCACCUGACCGACGACCACCUGGUGGCGUUCCUGCGGCGCUGCCAGAAAGCCCUUCGUCCCGCCGGCCUCAUCAUCAUCAAAGACAACGUGUCCUACGAAGGCGUCGUCCCCGACGACGUGGACAGCAGCGUGUGCCGGGACAUGGACAUCGUGCGGCGCCUGGUGGGCCGGGCCGGGCUGCGGGUCGUCCACGAGGAGCAGCAGCUCAACUUCCCCAAAGAGAUCUACCAGGUGCACACGCUGGCCCUCAGGUAGGGGGCGGAGCCUGUCGCCACGGCGACGCCCUCACCUGGACAGGUUUUGAUCUCCCAUUUCGGGCCUGAUGUGGACCUGACCAGAACCAGAACCAGAACCGUUCUGUUCUGUCAUUGAAACAUGAAGCCAGAUGCAAGACAAACACAUUUAUUGAUGGUCAAGCUGGAACCAUAGGCUCCGGGUCAGAACCGGGCUCCGGUCAGAACCGGGCUCCGGGUCAGGACCGGCUCCG